AUGAUAUAUUUUUUAUCAUUAAUCUGCGUAGCAUCCAGUCUAAGUAUCGAAUACUUGCCUUAUGGAUUAAUGCUCAAAUACUUUUUUCAUGAUACAGAUACAGUAACAAUGGAAUUAUGAAUUCCUAGAAAAUAUGAAAAUAUUUUUGAUUGAGCAGGCAUUGCAAUACAAGAUGCAGCAGAUUCUCAAGAAACAUUUCGUUGUGACUAUUAUAUUGCAGUUAUGGAUGGAGGAGUUUUCACUGAUAGAUUUUCAACUACUAACGGACUUCCACUGAUUGAUGAAGAUUUAGGGGGUACAAAUGAUAUUAAUUCUAGCAGAAGAUAUGAACAAAAUUAUCUGGUGCAAAGUUUGACAAGAAAAUUUAACACUGGUGAUGAAUACGAUGUGCAGCUUGAAUGGAAAAAACCUUAUGAAUUAAAAUGGGCACUUGGUCCGAUAAUUGAUGGGAAUAUUGGGCAGCAUAGUUUAAGAUAUAUGGGUUUUGAGUACUUCUUAAUGGCUGAUGAAUAUUUCGAUAAAAAUGAUGAUGAAAGACGAAGGUUUGGCCCUUGAUUUGAAAAAGAUUUGACUGGGAUCCCUGAUUUUAAUUCAGAAGCUGCUAAAGAGGAGCGCACUUUAGGCUCAGGAUUAAAAGCAUUAAAAUAUCUUAUAGAUGAUACUGAAGAUAUUCAAUUCACAUUAGGGUCUUCCUCAGAAUUCCUAUCAAGAGGCAUGUCUGUGUCUUGGGAUUUAUCUAAAAAAAGGGAUAUUAUUUUAGAUAUUUUUGUGCCAAAAGCAACAGUAGAAGGAUAUCAGUAUAUAAUUUUUCAAUUUAUGCCUUCUUAUCUACCACAAGAUGAAUAUUAUAGAGAUAGCUAUUAUGCUGAACUACCUGAUGGAAUUUUAAUUGAUGGAUAUAGUAAAAUAGAUGGACCAAAACAUUCAAAUGACAUAGAUUUAGGAGGGAAAAAUGAUAUAAUUUCUUCAAUAGAAAUUACAGAUAAUGUAAUUCAUUAUAAUAUUAAAAGAAGUAGACUAACUGGAGAUGAAUAUGAUAUAGAUUUUGUUUAUGGGCAGGCAUAUCAGGUUGAAUGGACAUUAGGCAAAAGAGAUGAAAACGGAAAUGAUUUGCAAAUUCCUUGACAUGAUUGGGGUUUUGAGUAUUUUCCCCUCUUGAGCUAUUAUGAAGAUAGAAAUAGAGAUGAAAGAGCUCAUUAUGGGGAAUUUUAUAAGUAUGCACCACCUGAAGCUUCAAGAUCAGAAAAUAAUAGGCCUGCAGAGUAUGAGUGAUCUAAAAUUUUAGAUGUAAGAUUUAGUGAGAGAUAUAAGAAAAUUAUUGAAGAUAUGUUAAGCGAAUCUAACUCAAAGAAUUCAAAAAUUGAUAUGAUCUCCCUCAUGUUCUAG